AAUUUGACUAAAAUGCUUGCUGUGCGCGAAAUACCGAGUUUAGUGCUGGAAGAUAGUUAAACGGAGAACGUUGUAAUUCAUUUAUUGUGAGGAAAAAAAAUAUACAAAGAUAUCGAAAAAUUUCGUCGAGAAUCACAACGAAACAACGCAUCAAUACAAGUACUUAUCAUCAAGUGCGGUCAACAAUAACAAAGUUUGUAGACACAUCGAGAGAGUAAAAAAAAGGACAUUUACAACCAUAUCAACAGAGCAUUUAAUCACCGUGAAUCGCAGACCAUUGUGAAAAGAGACAGAAAAGAAAACAAUCAACCAAUCAAAUACAACAUAUCACACACAUUUUUGAUAGGUGUAUUCUUUAUUUGCGCAAUUCUGGCCACGAAAAAAAAACCAUCCAAAAAAAUGUUAUUAUAAAUUUUCCACGGAAAAUACGCAUGCUUACUACGCAUACUCACGGGCCACUUGUUUUUUGGUUUACCGUGCAUAUAUACAAGUGACUUUGAGCGCAAAGCACUUCUUACUUAGCAAUCAAGCAGCGAGAUAGAUCGGAAGUGAUCAUUACAGUACUACUUUUCGCUGUUUUAAACGCAAGGAAAAGACUUUUGCUUGUGUGUGUGUGUGUGUGUGCGAGAGCAUAUAAACCAGUAUUAAAGGUGAGCCGCGAAAAACAUCCUCAUAUUUCUUACGUACAAAAUUGGAUGUCAAUUACGAAUGCUUCACGGAAUGGGUCUUAUUCAGUUAUAUUCAACGCCGAAAACGAGUGCACCGGCGAAUGAUCCAUCACAAACAACAUCACGAUGUCACGAGAACUCGGAGAAUCCGUCAUUUUGUCGAUGCCAAAAAAUCGAUGUACAACAAAAACCAGUGGAAAAACCAAAACCAAAGUGUCAAUUGAAUUUAACCGGGGCAAAUCAAUUACCCGAUACACGAAAAGUCUACUUGGAUGCACCAAAAGGUAUUGAUAAAUCAAAUUUACAAAUUCCGCCCGACACAUGCCGAUGCGGCGAAGAUACGUGCACAAACAUCGAUUGGACAUGGGAUCGACUAAAAUUACAACCACAAACCACAAUUCAAAAUCAUACCGUACAAUUUCAUCCGAUCUACAGCCAGGGAACAUCGGUAGUACGUAGCAGUCAGCCAUUGUUGCCAAAUAUGAUACAUUAUUGGGAAAUUAAAAUUGUUCAUUGGCUAUCGGGCACUGACUUGAUGGUUGGCAUCGGCACCGAUGCAUUCAAUUUAAUGGAAUAUCGGUAUAAAUUCGCCAGCGCUCUUGGCCUGGACCAUCGAUCUUGGGGCUAUUCACAUCGUGGAAUGAUACAACAUAAAAAUAUUCUUAAAUAUUAUGGAAAAUCAUAUACAAAACGUUGCAUUGUCGGUGUGUACUUGGAUCUGUCACGUGGUCAUUUGGAAUUUUACGUGAAUCGAAUUCCUCAAGGCAUUGCAUUCCGGAAUAUACCACUCGAUAAGGAACUUUAUGCAAUGGUGUGUUCUACUUCGGCCAAAUCAUCGGUGCGUCUCAUUAACACAACAUCAUUUCGUGAUUGCCUUCAAUUUCGAUGCAUGAAAGUUAUCACCAAGUAUCCACAAUUGUUGGAUAAAGUGCAAAAUAUCCCCGGUUUGGCGAAUUUGUGUCGAGAUGUAUGGUUCAUGUUCCCGAAAGAGCGUUAUCAAUAUUCGGAAGAAUCAAAUGAUAAUCAACAAGAGAAUAAUAUGGGUGCACAAAUGUCAACCGAAUCGACAUUGAAUGGUGCCGAAGAAACAAUGGAUGAUUGUGGUGAUCAAUCGAUGGAAGUGCUUGAUGAUUGUGAUAGUUUGCCAAAUAGCUUCGAUUCAUCCAACGAACACGAGGGCAUCGACGAAGCAAUAUUUUUAUCAACAUUCAAAGAUGAGCCACAACAAAGUAGUGACGAUGAUGAUCCCGUCUACGAUGAUGGCGAUUAGACGUCCACACAUUUGCUUUUUUUUUUCUACUGAUUCGUCACAUUUAACAUAGAAAA